ACUUGCUGGAUUUCAGUCUCUCCUGGCUUGUGGCUGUUAAGGAAACUUCCCUGUCUCAUCAUCCAGGAGCCACUCUGGAAGUCACAUUCCCACCACCUGAGCUGGGACAAACUCCAGGGACAAGAUCCAUGGAUCCUGCUUGACUCCACACCCCUCUCACACAGUCCAAGCGGGUUUUCCAUAGUGGAGUGGAUCUGGGACACCUGGAUGCUUAAAAUAAUUCCUUAAAAUCACUUAAUCAUGAUGCAACAACAGAGUAACUGCUGGAGCUGGUGCCUCGGGGGAGGGACCCCAAACAAAGGGGGUCCCCCCCACCCCAGGCUUUUAUCCCCUCACAGUCUAAGAUGACAAUCUGGGAUGAUCAGCUCCUGCUGUGUCCCAGAAUGUCCCUCAUUGUGCCCUUUGUUAGGGAAAGGCCGGCAGUUCCCGGGCAUUGUUCUCGGCAGUGCCCAGGAUGCUCUUGCAAAUCAACCGCCCCCCGAGCUCCAGGAGAUUCAGGGAGAAUCAUCAGCUUUCCCCGGUUUUCGGGAUCACCGAGUUUCCACCCCGUUCUUCAGGGAACGCGACUAGUUCUCCAAUUUGUGCAGCUGUAGCAGCCUGGGCUCCAAGGAGUUAAGGCGCUGCCGAGUCCCAAACACUGAUAAGGAGCAGGAUAGAACAGGAUGUGGCUGGGAAGGGGGGCACGGGAGAUAGGGCAGCGCUGUUCCCGAGGCCAACCUCCUCCUCCGGGCCCGGAGACACAGCAAACCCCGCACAAGGGCGGCGUAGGAGCCAUCGGGGAGCUCGGCACAUGGGCAUCAGGACCACCGAAGCCCCUCCGACCCUUUUCCAGAAGGGGCCGGGAGGAGGGAUCGCGCACACUGCCUGAUUUGAAUGGGAAGUGGGGAAACCUGAUCCUGGGGCGGGGAAAACUUACCCGUAAAAAGGUGCCCCCACAGCGCCCAGGUGGCACCGCCGGGACCCUGGACACCCUGGACGCAGGGAUCGACGGUGGAACCGGGACUGAUUGCUGAGCUGGAGCAGCUGGGACAGCCUUGGCUCCUCUCGGUGGGGAGCUCCGUGUCCCUGGAAAUUCAGCGCCACGUUUCCCCUGGGUCACCUCAGCUCUUCCUCUGUGCCAAAACCGUGGUUUUUUCAGACGAAUUUAGGCCUGUUUAAUCCUGAAGUUGAUCAGGAACUCUCCAGCCCCCCCUCCUGGCGUGGCUUUCUCGGGAUCUGCUCCCGCGGCGAUGGUUUAUUGCGCGGCCCUGAACUGCCGGAACGCCACGAGCGGCGCCUGCAAGAACAGCUCCGUGACUUUUCACGGGUUCCCUCUGCAAAACGAGGCUCUCCUGCAGCAGUGGGUCCGGAACAUGGGCAGGGACAUGGGAACCCCCUCCAAGUACGAGCGCCUGUGCUCGGAUCACUUCGAGGAGGGCUCCUUCCAGGGGGAUCCCCUGAAAAUCCGCAGGAGACGGCGGCUGCUGAAGGAGGCUGUUCCCAACAAAUUCAUCCGGGGGCAAGAUGGGAACUGGCUCGUGGGGACACCCCAGGGCUUCUGUGAUGGGAUGAGGAAUAAAACUCGGAAGCGAAUCCGGAAUCCCGAGCACCAGAGGGUCCCUGGGGAGUGUCCCAAUGGUGCUAAGAGGCCAACUUUGGAGGACUGGCAGAAUGAAUUUUGCAAGACAAUCCUAAAGGAAAAUUACGGAUCUUUAACCAUGUUCAGAAAAGAUUAUCCUGUUCCCAAAAGCAAGAUCCCGGUGGGAGAAGCAGUGCAGGUCAAGGCUCGGCAGGGUUUGCAGGGAAGGAAGAUUCCUGCCAGCCUUAGCACAGGCCGUGGUGGUGCCAUGAUCAGAUCCCAGCAGCAGAGUGCAGAAAACACCCAAGUUCAUGGAUCAUCCUCAGGAGGAUCCCAAAACCAGCUCUGGAACGUUUCGGACAAGGGGGAAACAUCAGAGAGCCACCGGAGUUCAACAAACCAGGCAGAGCCCCCGGGAAACAGGAGAGGCAGCAGCUUCCCUGCAGGAGGACAACUUGACGAAUUCCAACAGUUCCUUUUCCGGCAGCAGGCCCACCCCAGGGCGUCCGAGGUGCCGUGGUUCAUCUGCACCGAGUGCGGGAAGAGCUUUGCCCGGCACACGUACCUGCUCCGGCACCGCAGGAUCCACUCGGUCAGGCCACACACCUGCCUGGAGUGUGGGAAGAGCUUCCCGGACAAACCCAAGCUCACCAACCACUGGAGAACCCAUUUUCACAUCAUCUACGUGCCAAAUGAUUUCCCAGGAUAGGUUUUCCCGUUCGGUUGUUGAAAAUCCCCCUCAGUCCAGGGGGGUGGUUUGUGAUCCUGUGUGGGUUACAGGGAAGCUUUGGGAUAAGGCACUUUGCCUAAAUUUAAUCAAAUUCGAGUUCCAAAGGCGUCUACUUGGUGCCAGUCUAAUAAUCAUUGAUUAGGACCUGAUUUUAAUUAGUGGCUGGAUAAUUCCUACCCUGUUCUAUCCAUCUCUUCCUGGGAGCAGGAGUUGAGAUAGAGCAGCGUUGGCUGUACCCAAAGUGGCAUCAAAAAAACCUGGUGCACCAAACAGCACGUGCUGGAGGGCACCCAAAGUAAGAGAGAAACACUGGGAGUUUACAGGGAUGAAAAACCAGGACCUGGGAAUGGGAUUCUCCCCCGGUAAAUUGAUGUUUGAAGUAACCAGUUCUGGGCAUUAUUUCCCCGUUUUCGCUGCUCUGCCAUUGCCUGUGACUGCUGAAGUAACUCUGGUUUUGGGUUCUAUUUUUAUAUUGACCCCAUGUAUUUCCUGUGGGAUGAGAUGCUGCUGUGAUUCCUGAAAUUAUG